AUGCGGGAGUUGUUCUCCGUACUCCGUACAGGAUUCGGAAUGCUUCGCAUGGAGGAGGUCAGAAGGAGGGCCAACAAUACAACAUUCGUGGAAGUGGAACCAACUUCUUAUGAACUACUCCGAGACUUCCGAGUUUCGACAAGACAGAUGUUUACGAACGACUAUCGCUGGCUGAAAUCCAUGGGUACCAAACUGUGGGCAAACCCCCUGAACCACAAAGCCACAGACUUUGGACUUACGAAUCCUCCAUCCGCACUGGAGACACUACGCACUAGCGGCGUCGCAAUGGGCCCGGGCGCCUCCUGA